AUGGACGCCAUCGCUAAUCAACGUUACCAAUCGAUAAAAUAGUAAUUAGAUUAACUUCACUACAGUUAACCAUUCAACAUUGAAAGCUCAGCAUUAGUUGAAAGAUUACUGACUGAUCUCCUGAAAACAACUGAAGCUUAUUAAAAAGUUAAAAAUGAACUGGCUAUUGUUAACAAUGAAAAUAAGCUGAAUUAAUAGGCACUCCUCCCUCUGCAAAAAGAGAACGAGAGAUUAUCAAAGGAAAGCAAUGUCCUUCAUUUUGAUAUAAUCAAAGCCAAAGAGGAACUGGAGCAGUUGGAUUUAAAAUGGAAGUCAGCAAUGCGCCAAAUAACGAAUGAAUGUUAAGACCUCAGAUUCCUGGUCGAUUAAAAAGACAUUAAGAUCAAGAAGCAAGACAUUGAUCUUACUAAAAUGAAGAGUAAAUAUGAGAAAGUUAUGUCAAAGAUGUAUAUGAGUGAGCAAGACGAAGUAAUUGAGGGCCUAGCUCCAAAUAUCAAUGAAAGAGGCGAGAUGAAUAUACUUAUGCAAGGCAAACAUCAAGAUUUCCAAAUGUCUUCACCUCUUAAGAGAUAUAAUUAGGAUAUAUCAGAGCUUGUCAAUGAUGAAUCUCAUUACCCACUUGGAAACAAUCACCUUAAUCAGACUAUGAAUAAGGAUUAUGAUAACAAAAAGUGGGCAGAUGAGCUAGCAAAAGCCGAUGAAAGAUCCUAAAAUUUUAUGCAAAAACUAGAACAAGCCAAUAAAAAGAGACAUGACAUUGAAAAUAAACUUGAGACUCUUGAAAAGUAAUUGACUGUUAGAGAGGAGGAAAUUAGAAGACUUCAUAAUCUAUACGAAGGAGGUCAAAACCUUGAAAAAUUGAAUGUUAGAUUUGUUCAUGAGACAAAUGAGAGAACUAUCGCUAAACUUCAAAACUAAAUAGAUUUCUUGAACAAAGAAAAUCAUAGACUUGCUUAGUAAAUUGAUUUCCUUAGAGGAGGUAAACCAAUUAAUGACGAGAUCGAUAACCUGAGAUAGCAAGUUAAUGACUUAGAAUUUGAAAAUGACACACUUAAGAGAGACAUAAAGGAAUACGUUAAACUACUAAAAGACUUCUAAGAGAAAGAAUAAGAAUUCAUGAGAUUAGAUUAAGUCAAGUCCGAGGGUGAACUAAUAGCUUAAAGAGAUCUUGAAAGGAAAUUGCAGGAAGUUUAAUCUGAUCAUGACAAACUCAAAUAAGAAUAUGAGAGAUUACAGUCAGUCAAGGGCGCUUAUACAGCAGACAAGAAGGUUUUCAUUGACAGAAUAAACGAAUUAGAAUAGUAAUUAAUAAGAAAAGACUCUGAUAAGUAAGAUCUUCAGAAUAAAUUCAAUCUUUAAGAAUAAUCUUCAGUGCAGUACAGAAAUGAAAUAAAUUUCUUGAAUGGAAAAUGCUCAACAUUAAAGAGAGAUUUAGAAUACUAGGAAAGAUACAUUGAAAAAUACAAGGAUGAAAAUACUAAGUUAGGUGCUGAGAAUGAGUAUCUGAAGUAAAAGAUAGAUGCCAUCGAUAGAGACUAAGCUUUGCUAAGAAAGUAAGUUAAUGGCUUAUAAGAAGACAAUGAUAGAAUCAACAGGCUCUAUCAAGUUGUAGAAAAAGAUGCAUUUAGUUCUUAAGCCUACAAGCGACUGCCAUUAGACAUCAAAAUUGGAGGUUAAGAGAAUAAUCCUAAAAUAGAUCCUUACAUGGAACUUAACUCAGCCAGAAGUCAUGCUUCACAAUAGAAUAACAGCAUAAAAUAGGUUUAAUCACAAUAGUAGACACCUAAACAUCAUCAUCAUAGUCAAAGCCAGUUCACUAAUAAUGCUGGAGGAGUACAAAAUAAAUGGAAAGUAGUAGAUGAUGACUAUGGCAGUAUUCAUGGAAGUGCUCAUAAGCAUAAUCAAUCACAUAUUAUUUCCAUUGAUGAAAACUAAGUUACAAUGAAGAGAUUAUAAUGA